AUGAUACCCUCUGCUGCUUUGGCGGUCAUUUCCGAGCCCGGAUGUCAAUUGCGUGUCCGGUGCUGCGUUUCAUUCCUUUAUGAUAUGCGUUCCGCAAGGAUACCCAACUGGCCUUGUGUGUUCAUGUUGUGCGCCGACCAAACUAGAUUGAUACCACUUGUUGCUGUUUAUUGCUUGCUCUUUGAUGUUCUCAUGUUGCUGUUUGAUGCUUUUGUCUUGAUACCCUACUGGGAGGAAGGGUGCUUUUUGCCAGCUGGAUGGGGAAAUUCCCUCCACUCAAAUUGGCCCGAACCGUCGACUACCAUGACUCUAUGGUGA